AUGUCAGAUUCUGACGAUGACGACGACGACGAUGAUGAUGAUACUGUUGUGAAUGAGGUACAUGACUUGAUGUCGGAUUCUGAUAAUCACGACGACGACGAUGAUGAUACCGUUGUAAAAGAGGUACAUGAAUUCAUGGCGGAUUCUGAUGAUGACGACGACGACGAAUAUGAUACUGUUGAGAAUGAGGUACAUGACUUGAUGUCGGAUUCUGAUGAUGACGACGACGAUGAUGAUGAUACUGUUGUGAAUGAGUUACAUGACUUGAUGACGGACUCUGAUGAUGAUGACGACGACGAUGAUGGUACUGUUGUGAAUGAGGUACAUGACUUGAUGACGGAUUCUUAUUAUCACGAUGACGACGACGACGACAAUGAUACUGAUGAAAAUGGGUUUCAUGGCCUACUUGCGGAAUGUGAUGAUGAUUAUACUGUUGUGAAUGGGGUACAUGAUUUGAUGGCGGAUUUUGAUGAUGACGACGGCGACGACGACGACAAUGAUACUGAUGAAAAUGGGUUUCAUGGCCUACUUGCGGAAUGUGAUGAUGAUUAUGCGUUGAAUGAUUUACAAAGCUGGUUAAGCUACAAAUUGGACUUGGUGAAAAGUACAGUGGAACUUAUUGAUGUCGAUGAAUUUUACUCCAGUCUUGAAAUACCGGGUGCAAAGAAGCCGGAUGAGAUAUAUAACCCCUAA